AGCAUAAGAAAAUCUCUUCAUUUCUAUAUUAGAUGAUUCUGCCCAAUUCACUCUUUUCAAUUCCAUACAAGACGGUCCAUUCCAAUUCACCUUCGAAUGACGGUGAAGGCGAAAAGAAACGCUGAAAAACAUUUUCGCGAGCAACGGGAAGGGGCGUGAUCGUGGUGGUGUUGGCCGAAGGGUCUGGCGUUCAUGAGAUGUUGAGGAGGUAUUAAUUAACUAAGUGAUUGCCAUCCCAUGGCGUUCAUGAGCUUUCAUGAGAAGGUAUCAACUAAGUGGUUGCCAUCCUGCCAGAGCUUCAGGAGAUCACCUGAAGAUGUUGGUGGGCAAGCCCACCCACCGGAACGGCCGGAGAACCCGCUCUUAAUCUUAUUCCAAUCGACAUGGCUUGCUGAAGCCUUAUUAUCCGGUAGGUGUGUUCUUUUAGUCCUUCACGAAAUAGGAUUCAUUUCAGUUUUAAAAUGAUUUCCCUUGAAAUUCAUUGUUUGAAAGUUUCUAAAUUGAAUUUCAUUCUUAAAAAUUAUAGGUUUUUUAUUAAUUGUGCAUUAAGCAUUAAGGGCACGUUUUCCUUAUAUAUUUGUAUAAAAAAAAUAUAAACAUUAAUAUUAAUC